AUGAGUGAAUCCUUGCUUUCAUACGCUGCUUUGGUGCUUACUGACUCCGAGAAGGAGAUCAAUGCCGACAGUUUACAGGCCGUUUUGGACGCUGCCGGUGCUUCUGUUGACAGAAUUUGGGUUGAGACCUUUGCCAAGGCUCUCAAUGGUCAGGACUUCAAGGAUGAUUUGCUUAAGUCAUCUUCUAAUGUCUCUGCUGCUCCAGCAGCAGCAGCCUCUGGUGCAGCAGCAGCUUCUGGCGAUGAUGCUGAUGAAGAGAAGAAGGAAGAAUCUGAGGAGGAAGAAGAAGACGACGAUGCUGACCUUGGAAUGGGAUUGUUUGAUUAA